AUGGUUCAGGGUCUUUCAUUGUUCAUCUGCCUGUGCACAGGAUUGGAGGUGGAAAAGCAGAGACACACAAAGACACCCAAACAUCACCACUGUCAGCAAUGUGACAAAGCCUUCCUAAGGCCAUCAUAUCUAAAGAUUCAUGAGAGAUCUCACUCUGGAGAGAGGCCAUACAGCUGUGGCCAAUGUGCGAAAACUUUCACUCAGAAGAGUAACUUAAGCCGACAUCAACGAAUUCACACUGGAGAGGAACCGUACAGCUGUGACCAAUGUGCGAAAACUUUUAUUCAGAAAAGUGAGUUAAACCGACAUCAGCGAAUUCACACUGGAGAGCAACCGUACAGCUGUGACUGCUGUGGAAAGGCAUUUACUCAGAAGAGUAAUUUAAAACAACAUCAACGAGUUCACACCGGAGAGAGGCCGUAUGGAUGUGACCAAUGUGGGAAGCGUUUCGCUCAGAAGAGUCAGUUAAACCAACAUAAACGAAUUCACCCUGGAGUGAAGCCAUACAGCUGUGGCCAAUGUGGAAAGAAUUUUACUUGGAAAAGUGAGUUAAAUGCUCAUCAACGAGUUCACACAAGAGAUAAACCGUACAGCUGUGGCAAGUGUGGAAAGACUUUUAUUUGGAAACGUGAACUAAAUGCCCAUCAAAGAAUUCAUACAGGAGAGCAACCAUACAGCUGUGACCACUGUGGAUAGCAUUUACUCAGAAGAGUCAGU